GAAGGGUCAGUCGAGAUCUUACAUCAACCGGAGAAGCAUUUACAAGACCUGGAAGAGAAUCCAGUUCUGCUCAAGAAAGCGCCUUCGAUGGGCCUGGAGAUGGAAUCCCUGGCUGCCUCUAUUGGCGUCUCCGUCGCGGUUCUCCGGUUCCUUCUCUGUUUCGUUGCCACAAUUCCGGUCAGUUUCCUAUGGCGGAUUGUUCCAGGUCGCCUCCCCAAGCAUCUCUAUUCCGCUCUCUCUGGCGUUCUUCUCUCUUAUCUCUCAUUUGGAUUCUCUUCGAACCUCCACUUCUUGGUACCUAUGUCGCUGGGUUAUGCUUCCAUGGUCCUCUUCCGUCGCCAUUGCGGCUUGAUUACCUUCGUCUUGGGUUUUGGCUAUCUCAUUGGAUGCCAUGUAUAUUACAUGAGUGGAGAUGCUUGGAAGGAAGGAGGUAUCGAUGCAACUGGGGCCUUGAUGGUGUUGACGCUGAAGGUCAUUUCAUGUGCGAUAAAUUAUAACGAUGGGUUGUUAAAAGAAGAAGAAGGUUUAAGUGAGGCUCAAAAGAAGAAUCGAUUGAUUAAGCUGCCCUCAUUAAUUGAGUACAUUGGUUACUGCCUCUGCUGUGGCAGCCACUUUGCUGGCCCUGUUUAUGAAAUGAAGGAUUAUCUUGAGUGGACUGAUGGAAAAGGGAUUUGGAAGCAUGAUGAACAAAACCCACCUCCAUCACCAUAUUGGGCAACCAUUAGAGCUCUUCUCCAAGCUGGUUUUUGCAUGGGCUUGUAUUUGUACUUGGUACCGCAGUUUCCAUUGUCCCGCUUCAUUGAUCCGGUCUACCAUGAUUGGCCAUUCUGGAAGCGUCUUGGGUACCAAUAUAUGGCAGGCUUCACUGCACGCUGGAAAUAUUACUUCAUUUGGUCAAUUUCCGAGGCCUCCAUCAUUAUUUCUGGCUUGGGUUUCAGUGGUUGGACGAAAUCUUCCCCACCUAAACCACGCUGGGACCGUGCAAAGAAUGUCGACAUUCUUGCACUUGAGUUCGUGAAGAGUGCAGUUGAGAUUCCUCUUAAAUGGAAUAUUCAAGUCAGCACCUGGCUUCGCCAUUAUGUCUAUGAGAGAUUGGUUCAAAAGGGGAAGAAACCUGGUUUCUUUCAGCUGCUGGCAACACAGACUGUCAGUGCUGUUUGGCAUGGUCUGUAUCCUGGGUACAUCAUCUUCUUUGUUCAGUCAGCAGUGAUGAUUGCUGGUUCAAGAGCUAUUUACAGAUGGCAACAAGCUAUUCCUCCAUCCAUGGCUUUCCUCAAAAGAGUACUCGGAUUUUUCAACUUUGCUUACACAGUCUUGGUUCUGAACUACUCCUGUGUUGGCUUCAUGGUCUUGAGCUUGCACGAGACGCUUGCCUCGUAUGGAAGCGUGUACUACAUCGGAACCAUCAUUCCCAUCACGCUAAUCUUACUUGGUUCGAUAAUUAAACCCGCACCGGCUAGAUCGAAAGCUAGAAAAGAUAAGUGAGGUAAGAAAGGUUGGUUCUUCUUGUGGGUUUUGAAUGACUAUGUUCCACUGGACAUCCUGAACAUUUGGUUCACUGUUAUUUACUUUAGUUGUGAUGGAUCUUCUUGGUUAAAACUUUUGAGAAGGAUAAGAGUAGUUUGAAUCAUUAACCUUUAAUUUUGCAUCAUUUUGAGAAGAUUGUUGAAUGAUUGUGGGAAAUGCAUGCCUUUUUG